AUGCAGUUAUUGGCGUUGAAAAUUUUAUUUAUGAUGAAAGGCAUAUGUAUCCGAACAAACAAGAAUCUUGGUUUGUGCGAAGAGUAUCCGAAUUUCUCCCCACAAACCUGGUUUUCAUGCCCUGGCCUGUAUUCCAAUCAGGUGUUUGGUAAAUAUGAUACGAUAUGUAAUCCAUACCGAUAUGGUUCAAAACCUGAUCAAACUCCUUCCGAGAUUAAAUUCAUAUCUGAUGGACAUUGCAUUAUCCGAUAUAAAAAUCGUCAUUACGAAGUGCACUGUUGUUGCUACUUGCGUUCCCGGCAUAAUUGUGCGAUACCAUUAGACGGCGAAGUGCAUUUAUGCGCUAAUGGAACUGAAGAAAUAGUAAAUGACGCUGAGCAAGUUAUUAACACCACAAUUCAAUCUUUGCCUAUUGGAAGUAGCUGCUUUGCAUCGUUUCAAAUAAAUAUAACAGAUGAAGAAACAAUUCAUUUGGUUAGCACUUCAUAUGGUGUACCGAAAAAGACUGGAAAUACCCGCCGGUGUUAUCAGUAUACCUCAAAGAGUCGCUCGACACAAUGUUCUGCAACUGAAAGCUGUCUGAAGAUGUGUCCUUUAAUGGAGCCUUUUCCAGUUAAUGUAUCUCAGACAUUAACGACUUUCAGCACUUCCCCACAAGAUAAUGCAAAUCUUGCUGCAGGUGUUGUGCUGCUGUGA